AUGGCUGCAGCCAGCGGCGAGGGGUCAGCAGGGGCCCGGCUCCUGCCAGCCGGCACCGCCCUGGCCCUGCUCGGUGGCCUGGUCUAUCUGGGCACCCUGUGUGCUGCCUGCAAACGGAAGGGCAGGAAGAAGGUGGCUCCAGACGGGGUGAAGCUCGUGGAUGAGGCCCUGCUCUGCCAGACGCAGCUGCGGUCGCUCAGCAAGUCGGACACGAAGCUGCACGAGCUGUACAGGGUGAAGGUCAGAGAUGAUGUCCAGCGUCCGGCCAGCCUGGAUCUCCGCUGUCCCGCGGCCCCUGGAGGCGAAUCCCUGCACAGCUCCGGCCUCCUGCACCGGGAGCUGCCCCAGAUCCCCGUCCCUGAGCCCCUGGCCCCUUCCCCAGCCCCCGACCAGACCUACUCCAACCUGCUCUUCAGCCCUCUGCGGAAACCAGCGCCAGACGCUGUCUAUGAGUGCCUGGCAGUGCGGGGGGAGGACGCCCCGGUGCCCCCCACGCCGAGUGGCACCCAGGUGUCCCCUCCACGGGCUGUGCACGGGGCAGCCGAUUACGCCUGUGUCCAUAAAGUGAAGAAGGAGGUGUCGGUGGAGGUGCAGGAUGGGGCUGUGGCAGGACCCCCCGGAGCACAGCACUGUUGGGAUGGAGCAGGCGAUGCCCCUCGGGCCAAGCUGGAGGAGAUGUACUCGACGGUGUGCAAAGCCACCAAGAAGAAAUCCCAGGCGCCUGCAUCGACCCCGAGGGCUGUGAAGGAGGCGGCUCCUGGGUGGCUGCUCCCCGGCCAGCAGGAGGGGACCCCAGCAGCCCCAGGCCCCCCUGACCCCUGUUACGAGUCCAUCAACGACAGAGCAUGCACUGCUCAGGGCCGUGGGCCCGACCCUGACUACGAGGCCGUGGACAUUCACUGGAGGAAGGCGGCAAAACGGGACAAGCCAGGGAAGGACUGUGUCCCUGAGAACCUGUAUGAGAGCGUGGUGGACAUUUGGGCAGGGGAGCCUCGGAAAGCCUCUGCCCGGACGGCGGCCAACGGGCUGGAGGUUUACAUCACCAACCUAUAGCCCCCCCGGGAGCAGGGGCGGUGCCACAGGGGGGUCCCACCUGGCUGGACACCUUUGGGUGCCAAAGGGACCGGUGCCAGCAGCCCUGUGCCCACCAGAGCAGAGCGGCUGUGUCCCUGAACUCGCUCUCUGUACAUAUUUUCAGUUACUUUUCUUUGAGUGUCCUCGUCCCAGCCCAGCUGGUGCCGGCAGGCUGAUGGCAGGAUGUCCCAAGACGGGCAGUUUGGGGGUGCUGGGUGCUGCGUGGAACCCCAGUGAGACAGGGCUGGCAUUGGCACUAAAAUGGG